AUGCCCAAUCCGAGCGGCAGCAACGGACACAGGAAUGGUGAUCUUCCAGAGAACAUCUCUGCCAUUUUGCAUGACUUUGCCCGACGCGGCCUGAAGAACGAGGCGAGGACAGCGGAGUUACGAUCCAUGCAUGGAUAUAACAUCAGCAUCACCAAAUUAAAACGCUUGAACAAUACGUACUCAGUACCCAGCAAGCGGAAACUUCCCCCAAUAGAAGAGGUGACCACAAGAGUACUCGAGAAGAUGGAUCAAGAUAUCGCGCAGCGGAACGGCCCUCAGGCUAUUGCAGACCAGCUGCGGACCGAUCCUUACGACGUACCGUUGCUAAUCGGAAGGGAUGUGGUCCGAGGGAUAAUGAGGAUAUACUCACCCGAGGGUAGUGCUGCGCGACAGCCUGGAUUCAGGCGCCCAACCCUCGAAAGAGGAUCCAUUGUAUCAGCUGGUCUUCUUGCGGAGUUGCAUCUCGAUGGGCAUGAGAAAAUCUCUUUCGCAAGCCUUCAAAUGGGUGAGGAUAUCGGUGUUCCCAUCUAUGGAGGCCGGGAGCAGCUCUCCGGGCGCCCCGCCAUGUACGUCGUACCGAAUGAUCGUGAUCGUAACGUAGUAGCACACUGUUACUUGGAUAUCAUUGAAGAGUUCGGACUAGUGGCUCCUCUGCAGAUCACAAUCGAUAAGGGGACAGAGACCGCUGAGCUUAUACGCAUACAAGAGGUGCUCCGAGACACGCUGACCCCAGACCUCGACCCUCUGGAAUUUCCGCCUUUUCUUCAACUGCGCAGCGUGCAGAACAUUGUCAUCGAAUCGAUGUGGUCGUGGUUGAGGAAAACGUACGGUGUUGGUGUGCGGGAGGAAAUUUUGCGCGGCAAAACGGAUGGUAUCUUCAGCGCGGCCAUAAAGCUUCACUGCUUCUUGUUUCGAUGGAUCUGGCCUCAGAUUGUCCAACGGUGCUUGAAUCAGUUCAUUGCUUACUGGAACCUCCACACGACGCGCUACCAGGCCAACAAAGCCAAUCCUUCUGGCAAAGCACCGAUGGAGAUCUGGAAUAACCACGACACGCUUGGCUAUGAAUGCAUUGGUAUGCAGGUACCCCCCGAGCUACUCGCCGAGCUGCGCGCCAGUGUGCCCGUGUCGAGGGAUGACGCUUAUCGAUGGGUGCCCGAAGAAUUUGCAGAACUAGCUGAGCAUGUCUAUGCUAUCAUUGGGUCGCCACAGUUGGAUGUGAGGUCGGGCUGGCGUAUCUUCGAAGAGAUGUCUCUGAAAUUCAUUGAGCUGUAUCCUACUUUUACCUCCGCCUAG